AUGGUUCUGCUCGCCGACGUGCUCAUUUGGAUCGCUUUUAUCGCCGUCACCGUGCUCAACAUUGUGGCCGCUAUUCUGCUCAUCGAAAAGGCCUCCGACAGCGGCUCGGGGUGGUACUAUUUAUCAGCCGCGGUCUUUGGCCUCGUUGCACUGCUCACGAUGCUGUACAUGUGCUACAUCCACAAGCGGAUCAAGUUUGCUGCAGCGCACCUGAAAGUAGCCGGCCAUGCGAUCUUCCGACUACCCACGAUAAUCCUCGUGGCUCUCGUGAUGGUCGGCGUGCAGAUCAGCUGGACCGUUGUAUGGGUAGUCAGCAGUCUUGGCAUCAUAUUCCACUACGGCUUCCUCGGCCUCGACGCCCUCUCGUGCGAGACAGGAACGUGCGAGACCAAGUACCACCCCGCUGCUAUCUUCGCUGUGCUGUGCGUCAUGCUGCUCGCCUACUUCUGGGUCACGUUCGUGCUGCGCAAUGUCAUUGGCGUCACGACCGCAGGCACUGUAGCCGCGUGGAAAAGCGCGCCCACCGCGCCGUGCAGCACGAUCGGGGCAUGGGCGCGUGCACUGACGCUGAACCUCGGCAGCAUCUGCCUGGGCUCGCUCAUUGUAGCGGUCCUCGAAACGGUCGUAUGGCUCCUGCAGAUCGCAGCGUGGCUUGUCGGUCGCAGCGGCACCUCCUGCUGCUGCUUUGUGUGCCUCUUUGCGUGGCUUUCGCGCAUCGUCUCGCGCAUCGAGCGCUGGAUCGAGUGCUUCAACCGCUUUGCCUUCGCGUACGUUGGCUGCUACAGCUACAGCUUCGUGCGGGCGAGUCGCCGCGUGUUGAAGCUGUUUGCGGCCAGGGGCUGGAGUGCGAUCGUCAACGACCACCUCAUUGGCAAUCUAUGCUGGCUGACCCAUAUCGUCACUGGGGCGUUCACGGCCUACGUGGGCAUCCGACUUGUCCACGAGACGCACUCGGACGCGCGACUGGCCGUGUUCCGCCACCCUCAAGUCGUCGCAGGCUCCUUCUGCUUCGUCGCUGGCUACAGCAUCAACACGUUGGUCCUGGCCGUGCUCAACAGCGCCGUCACGACGGUCUUUGUCCUGUGGGCCGAAGAUCCACACGGAUGGCAGCGCACGCGACCCUAUCAGUACCGUACGCUGCACACGACGUGGCUCCAGAUCUACCCGACCGAGUACCGAACUGCAUCACAAACAUGGCACCUCGCGGAUGAAGAAAAGUAG